CCAUACCAUUACCAUUUCGCCGGCGUGAACUGAAAUGUAAGACGGCCCAAAUCGAACCCCCCAUGGACAUGGAGCACAUCGACGGGGAGAUCGCCGCGCCGCCCCGGCUUCCGCCCGGCGAGGACCGCCUCAGCGCGCUUCCCGACGACGUUCUUAUCCAAAUCCUUAUCAAGCUCCGCGACGCCGCCGCCGCCGCCAAGACCAGCGUCCUCUCCCGCCACUGGCGCCGCCUCUGGGCGCUGCUCCCGGAGCUCUGCUUCCACCCGGCCACUGGUCCUCAAGGCAUCCGCGCCGCCCUCGAGUCCCAUGAAGCGCUCAUCACCCGCCGCCUCGCCGUCGAGGUCAUCGACGCCACCCCCGAGUCCCUGACGGCCUUGCUUCUCGUCGCCGCGCCCCGCCUCUCGGGCGAUCUACAACUCAUCAACGAGGUGGGGCAGAAGCAGACGGAGGACGAGGCCGCGGAAGCGGAAGCGGAAAAUGGCGCCCUCGAGCUUCCCUGCUUCGAGAACGCCACCACGAUCCGCCUCGACCUAGGGUAUCUUGCCCUCGCCAUGCCACCUCUCGGCGUAUUCGCCGGGCUCACCGAUCUCUUCCUGGCUGGCGUCGAUCUGCGUGGUCCGUGCAUGCUCGGUGAUGCUGCCUCGUCGCUACGCUGCCCGGCCUUACGGAAACUCACCGUCCACCAUGCCAGGGGUCGUCUAGCCAACUUUGCAAUCCACUCGGAUUCUCUCCUAGAAAUUGAUCUAAAACAUCUGCAGGCAGACGGCGCCCUUGGUCUGGGCAAAUUCACCAUUCACUCCGCAUCUCUCUUGCAAAUUGAGUUGAGGAAUCUGCAGGGCAUCCAAGAGCUCACUGUUUUUGCGCCGGCCCUCCAAAUGUUAAAUGUGAUCCAUUGCUUUGCUAAUGGCGUGAUUCAACCGGUUGCAAACAUCUGCGCCCCUCACCUGAAGAUCCUCACAUGGAGUGAUGCCUAUGAUGAUAGCUCCACCCAGUUUUGCAACAUGGAAAAUCUGAAGUGUGUGGCAACAUACCCUUUUUCUGUAUAUGGAAAAGAUGUCCAUAGAUCACGAAAUAGCUUUUGUUUGAGGCUAAUACGGCGCUUCGAGCUCAUCCGAUGUCUCAGAUUCAUGCUCUUCUAUGUGCCGGAUAUUACGAACGAGCAGUACUUGAUGGAAGACAUUACAAGGCUCCCAGACAUUACACACUUGGCCCUGGAUACAUGUCCAAAUGGACAUUCCUUUGGAGCCAGUGUGUUUCAUGUCCUCGGGAUGUGUACUGGUGUAAAAAUGCUGCUAUUUACACUUCGGAACACACCAGGCCAGACCAAGGCACAAACUGCAUGCCCAUCAGGUUGUGCUUGCGACCAGCCACCAAACUGGAAAACCCAAAAACUCGCGCUGAACUGCCUCCAAGAAGUACAAAUCUGGGAACUGAGAGGAACUGAACAUGAAGCUGCUCUUAUGAAACGGUUAUUCGAUUGGGCAACAGUGUUAGAAAAGGUGACAAUAGCUUUCGAUGGGUCAGUCCCUGAAAGCAAAGCCAAGGAGUUCUUCCAGAUGCUUCAAAGCUUUUCCAGGCUGGAAAUACGUGUGAAGCAAGUCGUGGCACCGUUAGCUGAGUACCAAGCGUUCCUGAAAGGUAACACGUACCGCGGCUUCUCCAAGAACACUUGACAUGUCCCAGAAGACUUAAGUCGCCAGCUUGUCAUUUACCCUUGCGGUCGUUUUGUGUUUCUCCAGACUAUGAGUUGCACCCUUUGUGCACAUCAGAGUCUGGUAGAUCAGGCUUUAUCAAUUGCACUGUUUGCCCGACCCGCAGUUUGUGCAUGCAAAAUGGGGCGAAAGUGAUAUCACAACCGUUCCUGUUGCUUA